UCAUCACACAUAGGCCCACCUCCCUCCGAGCACACCUUCCUCCAUCUUCUUCACCGAAGACAGAACUCGGAUUCUGGCUCAGCUCCAACGGAGUCAGGAACCCGAUUCCAACAUUGCCGGACCUCGCCGAUCUCCGCUCAGAACCCUAAAUACCAAACACUUUGUGAUCCCAACUCGGACCGGGAGGAUGCCAGCGCUACGACUCUCAAUCUCAUAAUCAGAUCUGAAUUGUAUUCAAAAUUUCACAAUUAUUAACACUUCAUUGAAUUUAUCUUGGAGAAGGUUAAUGGCGACGAGGAAUAGGACGAUUCUGUACAAGAAGUAUAGAGAUGCGUUGAAGAGCGUACGAGUUCCGACUGGAUCGUCUUCAUUGAGCUCCGGCGGCGGAGGCGGCGGCGGCGGCCCAGUUAUAGAAUUAUCCACCACUUCCUUGCUUAAUACGAAUCGCUCUUAUGCUCCCCUCAGCACUGAAGAUCCUGGAACUUCCAGUAGUGGUCCAGUUACAGUAGGUCUACCACCUGCGUGGGUGGAUGUAUCUGAAGAAAUAGCCGCUAAUGUGCAACGGGUGAGAACAAAAAUGGCUGAGCUGGCCAAGGCUCAUGCAAAGGCUUUAAUGCCAUCAUUUGGAGAUGGUAAGGAAGAUCAACGUCGGAUUGAGAGUCUUACUCAUGAAAUAACUGAUCUGUUGAAGACAUCAGAAAAGAAGUUACAAAGACUGUCAGCAGCAGGACCUUCUGAGGAUUCCAAUGUUCGGAAAAAUGUGCAGCGCUCUCUCGCGACUGAUCUUCAGAACCUUUCAAUGGAACUUCGCAAAAAACAGUCUACUUAUUUGAAACAACUGCGUCAACAAAAAGAGGCUCCAGAUGGUGUUGACUUGGAAAUGAAUUUAAAUGAAAGCCAGUCUACUAGGGAGAAUGAUGAUUUGGAUGACUUCGGAUUUAAUGAGCACCAAAUGUCGAAAUUAAAGAAAAGUGAGGCAUUCACAGCAGAGAGGGAGAGAGAAAUAGAGCAGGUUGUAGAAUCAGUCAAUGAACUUGCCCAAAUUAUGAAGGACUUGUCAGUUCUGGUAAUUGACCAGGGUACCAUUGUGGAUAGGAUAGACCAUAAUAUUCAAAAUGUUGCGGCAACGGUUGAGGAGGGCCUCAAACAAUUGCAAAAGGCAGAAAGAACCCAGAAGCAAGGCGGGAUGGUCAUGUGUGCCACAGUGCUUAUCAUCAUGUGCUUUGUAAUGCUAGUCCUUUUAAUUCUGAAGACAAUACUUUUCUAAUCCGUGAAAUUGGUCCUAUACAUUCUUACCUUCCCUUGCAUCCUGUAUGCGCCAGAGGACUACCAACUUACCGAGGCCAAUGGAAGAACUUGGAAUUCUGAACUGCUGCUUUAAAAUUUAUUCCUUAUGCUGUCUAGAUCUUCUCUCUCUCUUGUUUUUUGUUGUUACUGGGGAAGGUUUUGUGUAAUUGAGCAAAUUAAUACAGCUCAAGGGACCUUUGUAUAGAGCAUUUAACUGUAAUUUGUCGAUGAUUUGUUUUUUUGGAGGAAGGCAUAAUAUCGAUUCUUUUUAUCUUGGAGAAUUUUGUAGCUCUGUGCGCAUGCUUUA